GUGAUCGUAUCAGUGGACGAGCAAUCGGGUUACUGCGCUAAUCAUCCAAGCAGAAACAACCCGCCUGAAAGCUGCACUCAGAAGAUAUGGAGUUGUCGAAAGUGAUUGCUGUAGUCGCUUUCCUGGCGUCUUCUUGUGGAGCAAUGGUCUACAGGACCGAUGCUCCAUGUGAGUUUGCGGACGUCACCAUAGACGAUGAAGCAUUUUCCAGGCUAAUCGCCAGGCUUCCCGAGGGUAUGGAGUCUGGUCCGCAAGGUUACCGCCCACUGUUCCCUGGAAUUGAAGUUGGCGGGCUCACUGUCGACGGUCUGACCAAACUGCGCCAGUUCGGGCCCGCAAUUCCCUUCUGUGCCAACGGAACUCGCAUGGUGCAAGUGGACUUCUUCAGCGAUGGUGAUACGCACUUCUGGUCGCCAUGGAAGUCUUGCUCGGGCGAUGAAGGACGCGUCACGGCUCGUGCUGGGUUGACGCGGUUCACCUUGCAGUUUCGCGUCAUCGAAUCUUCUGCAUCGGGAUUGAAGCUGGAAUUUGACCGCGCACUCCCUGUUAUCACGCAGAGUGUCCGAAUCGAAGUCGAAGGGGCUGGCCGUGUGGUGCGCGGCGUGUUCGAAGUCUUGAGUGCGCUCUUGCCAAGCAUCAUGGAGGAACAUUGGAUGGGGCUAUUUUUCGAGAAUAUUAACAAAGGUUUGCGCUUGAUCAAUGAGUGAAAUGCACCCACGGAUAAAAACGUAAGAGUCCUAGCAGCGAGAUAAAACAUAAA